AUGUCCGGCCAUCGACCACUCGCAGCCCCUACAUUAGACAGCGAACUGUUGGGAGACGAGACCACCCCUGGCGGAGCAGCGGCCAACGUCAUAAGUCAAGGAGUAGUUAGACAGCACAGAGUCGAUAAUGCACAAUACAAUCGACGCCAUCUUACUGGGUCUUCCUGCAAGAAAAGGUGGUGGAGCAUCGACACGACACGGAAACGAGCAUCUACGUCACUCAAACUCGCCCAGCUUUCGCUCCUCCACCCAAAAAGAGCAAACAACUCGAAAACAUUUCACUGCAUACAACAUACAACGAUCACUGCACCACGGCUGUCGCUGCCAUACACAACAUUCAAGCACUGA